AUGUUCAGACUGGUUUCGCUGGGAUAUUCACCUCCCAGAAGGAGAGCGAGCCGCUUGCUCCGUUUGGCCUCGCCAACGCCUGAUACUACCACCCCUGUCUCUGAACUCAGCGACCUGGAGUUCCAGUUCAGCGCAGGUGUUUCGGAUUCAGACACUGACUCCCUACCUGAGCUAGACGACUCCUCCACCUCCACUGCAUCGACAAGGAGCCCGCUUACGCCUUUCCGCCCAAGCGUUUCUUACUUCGACACAUUCGAGCUGCCAUUGAAGAGACUUUCACUGGCUCCAGCCCUGACUCCUCUUCGGAACGCUACCUGUGUUGAAGAUAUGGAUGUGGAUAUACAGAUUUCGCAACUAGAGCCAAUUUCGCAGCCAUCGAUAUUCGAGAUUCCUGAGCUAGUCCACAAAAUUAUCGUUUACGCCGAUGCUCAAAAUACAAUCAUUCCAAGGGAAAAGACCCCCGUGUGUCGUAAACCGCUUUCUUUUCAGCACGCCUUGCUAGUGCACGGCAACGAAGAGGCAGCAAAAUUGGCCAUGGAAGGCGCUUUCUCAACACUCCAAGAGCCACAACCUUCCAAUAGGCUGAAUGUGCUUCACACAUGCUUGCUUGUCAACAAGCUUUUCCACCACAUCACUAAGGAAAUUCUAGGGGAAAGGCUCUUCUUCACUGAAGAGCGUACCCUCGCCAAAUUUAUUGCGCCAAAGUCGUCUCAGCAAUUCUACGACGGAAUGAGCCCCAAGACAUUGGUGCUCAGCAAAAUGUUGUUUCUUCGUCAACCUCAUUUCAACUCCAUUGCCGCAAACAUAGAUUUGAGCAGGCUCGAGUGGCUCGAAUUGUACAUGUGCCCUAAGAUCGCUCCUACCCGUAGCUUCUUGCUGCCUACCUUGAAGACAUUGAUUGUCACUGGUUCUAAGGCACUUGAAGAUACGAAAUUGGCAGCAGUAGCAUCUACUUGUCCUAAUCUAGAAAUACUUGACAUACGGGCUUGCGAAAAUGUUACUGACCAUGGAGUCUACAUGGUAGGUCAAAAGUGCAAGAAAUUAAAAGCCCUCAACUUGGGACGCAAAAGAAGAGGCCAUCUCAUCACAGACCACAGCGUGUGUGCUGUUGCCUUGAACAAUCCUAAUUUGACUACUGUUGGUGUUGCCGGGUGCUACAUCACAGAUCGGUCGCUUUGGCAGCUCACUAUAUCGUGUGGCAAGCGCCUUGAACGACUCUCAUUAAACAACUGUCCUUACAUUAGUGACCAGUCAAUUCCCGUCAUCUUGCACCAUAACUUGUUGAAGCGUCUCACGGUGCUCGAGAUCCGUUUCAACACCAGAAUCACAAACUUCGAGCCCAUUAUCGCUUACAAAAGACGUCAGGCAGCCAGAAGACUUAAUGUGCUUGUGGAGACGUGCGAGGAGCUCUUCGUUCGCAUGAAAGAACAAGAGAAGCACAUGGACAGGUUGAUUCUGGAACGAGUGGUUCAGGAUAUCAGCGAGUGGGCCAACGGCAAGGACGAUGAUUUGGCCCACGCGGACCUUCUUCUAGCCAGAAGUGGCAGAGAAAGACGCACAAUCAGCAUAUCGUAA